CCAGGGUUUAGCGAUCAAGGGCAGAGGAAAGCUUGGAAUCCAGCCUGAGGUCGCUGGGCAAGCGUGCUGCUGCUUUGGAGUCCCUGCUCGUAUAUCGGUGCAGGUUGUUUUGCGGGAACUUUUCCGCGACGCGGCUGUCUAAUGUGUGGCAGAGAACGGCCUCCAAAUGGCGAUUGGCAGCGCGUGUGGGAAGUACAGAGAGUGGCAAGUGAAUUCACCUCUCAACAGGGAUCUUGGAACGAAAGAGAAUGCCAAAGCAAUUGGCUACGACGCGCUAGGGUUAGCGCAAGCGAGCAUGGCAGGCAGUGACAGCAGGCUUUCGCGCUGCUCAACAAGAUGCGCGAGGCGAAGCUUGGGCCAAUCAUCAUCAUCAUCAUCAUCGGCUCUCGCGCUGGGAUCGCCGCUUGCGAUAGGUCAGCAGUCGACGCGGGCUCAGUCGUUGCUGAGCGCGACGGGGGAGUCAGAGUUGGAGCCCGACGCUAUCAGCUGCAGCGAUGUCGUUGCCGCGCGCGAGACAGAGGUGGCGCAGUGGCAGCAGGCCAUGUUGCUACUCAGCGGGAUGAGGAAGGCUAAUUUGGUUCCCGACACGGCGACUUACAGCGCUUCUAUCAGCGCGUGCGGGAACGGCAAGCAAUGGCAGCAGGCCUUGUCGCUGCUGAACGAGAUGUGGGAGAGGACAUUGGAGCUGGGAAACAUCAAUUACAACGCCGGGAUCAUAGCUUGCGAGAUUGCGGUACAGUGGCAGCAGGCCAUGUUGCUACUCAGCGGGAUGCGGGAGGUGAAUUUGGCUCCCGACAUGGCCAGCUACAGCGCUUGUAUCAGCGCGUGCGGGAACGGCAAGCAGUGGCAGCAGGCCCUGUCGCUGCUGAACGAGAUGUGGGAGAUGAAGUUGGAGCCGGACAACAUCAGCUACAACGCUGGGAUCCAGGCCUGCGAGACAGCGGCGAGGUGGCAGCAGGCCGUGCUGCUUCUCAGAGGGAUGCUGGAGGCGAACUGUGACCCCGACGUCAUGAGCUACAACGCUGGGGUCAACGCAUGCGCGAGAGGCAGGCAGUGGCAGCGGUCUUUGGCGCUGCUCGCCGAGAUGCGGGAGGUAAAGUUGAAACUCAACGUCAUCAGCUACAACGCUGGGAUGAGCGCGUGCAAUAAGGGGAGGCAGUUGACGCUGGCCCUAGCGAUGUUUAGGGAGAUGGGUGAGUCAAAGGUGGAUCCCGAUUGCAAGAGCUACACCAUUGGGAUCAGCGUGCACCAGAAAGGUAAGCAGUGGCAGUGCGCUUUGGCGCUGCUCCGUGAGAUGUGUGAGGUGAGACUGCAGCCCGACGCCUUCAGCUACAGCGCUGGGAUCAGCGCGUGCGAGAAAAAGGCGCAGUGGCAGCAGGCGCUGGCCUUGCUCAACGAGAUGUGGGAUGCGAGACUGCAGCCCGACGUCGUCGUUUACAACGCUGUGAUGAGCGCUUGCGGGCAAGGCCAGCAGUGGCAGCGGGCUCUGGCGUUGCUGAGCGAGAUGUGGGAGGUGACAUUGAAACCAGACGUCAUCAGUUACAGCGCCGGGAUCAGCGCGUGCGAGAAAGGUGGGCAGUGGCAGCAGGCACUGUCGCUGCUCCGCGGGAUGCGGGAUGAGGAUAUAAAGCCUGACAGCCUCAGCAACAACGCUGUGAUCAGCGCGUGCGAGAAGGGCGAGCAAUGGCAGUGGGCUUUAGCGCUGCUAAGCGACAUGUGUGAGGUGAAAUUGCAGACGGACGCCUUCUAUACUACGAUGCCCGGGGCGACGCGGGCUCAGUCGUUGCUGAGCGCGACGGGGGAGUCAGAGUUGGAGCCCGACGCUAUCAGCUGCAGCGAUGUCGUUGCCGCGCGCGAGACAGAGGUGGCGCAGUGGCAGCAGGCCAUGUUGCUACUCAGCGGGAUGAGGAAGGCUAAUUUGGUUCCCGACACGGCGACUUACAGCGCUUCUAUCAGCGCGUGCGGGAACGGCAAGCAAUGGCAGCAGGCCUUGUCGCUGCUGAACGAGAUGUGGGAGAGGACAUUGGAGCUGGGAAACAUCAAUUACAACGCCGGGAUCAUAGCUUGCGAGAUUGCGGUACAGUGGCAGCAGGCCAUGUUGCUACUCAGCGGGAUGCGGGAGGUGAAUUUGGCUCCCGACAUGGCCAGCUACAGCGCUUGUAUCAGCGCGUGCGGGAACGGCAAGCAGUGGCAGCAGGCCCUGUCGCUGCUGAACGAGAUGUGGGAGAUGAAGUUGGAGCCGGACAACAUCAGCUACAACGCUGGGAUCCAGGCCUGCGAGACAGCGGCGAGGUGGCAGCAGGCCGUGCUGCUUCUCAGAGGGAUGCUGGAGGCGAACUGUGACCCCGACGUCAUGAGCUACAACGCUGGGGUCAACGCAUGCGCGAGAGGCAGGCAGUGGCAGCGGUCUUUGGCGCUGCUCGCCGAGAUGCGGGAGGUAAAGUUGAAACUCAACGUCAUCAGCUACAACGCUGGGAUGAGCGCGUGCAAUAAGGGGAGGCAGUUGACGCUGGCCCUAGCGAUGUUUAGGGAGAUGGGUGAGUCAAAGGUGGAUCCCGAUUGCAAGAGCUACACCAUUGGGAUCAGCGUGCACCAGAAAGGUAAGCAGUGGCAGUGCGCUUUGGCGCUGCUCCGUGAGAUGUGUGAGGUGAGACUGCAGCCCGACGCCUUCAGCUACAGCGCUGGGAUCAGCGCGUGCGAGAAAAAGGCGCAGUGGCAGCAGGCGCUGGCCUUGCUCAACGAGAUGUGGGAUGCGAGACUGCAUCCCGACGUCGUCGUUUACAACGCUGUGAUGAGCGCUUGCAGGCAAGGCCAGCAGUGGCAGCGGGCUCUGGCGUUGCUGAGCGAGAUGUGGGAGGUGACAUUGAAACCAGACGUCAUCAGUUACAGCGCCGGGAUCAGCGCGUGCGAGAAAGGUGGGCAGUGGCAGCAGGCACUGUCGCUGCUCCGCGGGAUGCGGGAUGAGGAUAUAAAGCCUGACAGCCGAAUCAGCAACAACGCUGUGAUCAGCGCGUGCGAGAAGGGCGAGCAAUGGCAGUGGGCUUUAGCGCUGCUAAGCGACAUGUGUGAGGUGAAAUUGCAGACGGACACCUAGUCAGCUACAGCGCUGGGAUGAGCGCGUGUGAGAAAGGCAUGCAGUGGCAGUGGGCUUUGUUUCUGCUGUGCGAGAUGGGGCAGGUGAAGGUGGAGCUCAA